UCCAUAGGGCCGGGCUUCCAUAGAACCAGCUUUCCGUAGAACCAGCUUUCCAUACAUAGGACCGGCUUUCCAUAGGGCCAGUUCUCUAUAGGGUCAGCUCUCCAUAGGGCUGGAUUUCCAUAGGGCUGGGUCUCCGUAGGGCUGGGUCUCCAUCGGGACCGCGGGGCCGCUCCCGCCCCGCCGCCGCCCGGGCUCCCACACGCCGCCCCGGGAGCUGCGGGGGCCCUGCGCAGGAGGUUUCACCUUGCUAUGAGAAGCCAAGAUGGAUCCAGAAGAGCAGGAUUUACUUGGGGAUUACAGAUACAGGAAUUAUUCUUCAGCAAUUGAGAAAGCUCUGAGGAACUUUGAAUCAUCCAGUGAAUGGGCAGAUCUGAUCUCUUCCCUUGGCAAACUCAAUAAGGCUCUGCAGAGUAACCUGAAAUAUUCUCUGCUGCCCAGAAGAUUGAUCAUCAGUAAAAGAUUAUCCCAGUGCUUGCACCCAGCCCUGCCCAGUGGGGUGCACUUAAAGGCUUUAGAAACCUAUGAAAUAAUCUUUAAAAUCAUUGGCACAAAAUGGCUUGCCAAGGAUUUAUUCUUGUACAGCUCUGGUUUGUUCCCUCUGCUGGCAAAUGCAGCAAUGUCAGUGAGACCUGUUCUCCUUGGUUUAUAUGAGAAAUAUUUUCUCCCUCUCCAAAAAUCCCUCCUGCCUGGUCUCCAGGCCUUUGUGAUUGGGCUGCUGCCUGGCUUGGAAGAAGGAUCAGAAAUUUAUGACAGGACAGAUGCUCUGCUGGUGAAGCUGUCCCUGCUGAUGGGGCAGGAGGUGUUUUAUGGGGCUCUCUGGGGCAGUGUCCUGGGCAGCCCCUCCAUCAGGCUCCCUGCUUCCCUCUUCGUUGUCAGCCACAUCAACAGGGAACUCUCUGGCCAACAGCAGAAAUUCAUGCUUGGCACUGAUUAUAAACUCACAAUAAAGUCUUUGUGUGUGUCAGUGCUGGAUUCCAAUGUCCUUGUGCAGAGGAACACUCUGGAAGCAAUCCUCUUCUUUUUCCCAUUUUAUACAGCUUUGGACUGCAAGGAAAGCACCAUCCUGCUGAGAAGGGCUGAUCUGGUUUAUAUCCUGUCAGCAGCCACUCAGACACUGCUGAGGAGAGACAUGUCCCUCAACAGGAGACUGUAUGCAUGGCUGCUAGGCUCUGAUAUGAAAGGUGGCACUUUUGCUCCAGACUCCACCACUUCUGAAGACCAUGCUGUUUAUUUCUUUGCAAAAUACUCUAAAGAUCUUCUGGUUGAGAGUUUGAUUGUGAUUCUGCAUCAGAAAUUCCCAGAGUCUGACCCAGAGGAGCAGCACCAGGCUUAUCUCAAACCCUUCAGGAUCCUCAUCAGCCUCCUGGACAAACCUGAAAUAGGGCCACAGGUUGUGGGGGAUCUGUUCCUGGAAGUUCUUAGAGCUUUUUAUUCCUACUGCAAAGACACCCUGGGUUCUGAUCUCAAACUCAGCUACAAUCAAAGUGGCAACACCCUGGCAAGUGCAAUCAAAGAGAACAAAAAUGCUUCAGAAAUUGUCAAAACAGUGAAUUUGUUGAUCACAUCCUUAAGCACAGAUUUCCUCUGGGAUUACCUGACCAAAUGCUUUGAAGAUUGUUUCAGAAACAAAUCCACAGGGAUGAGGUAUCCUCUGGAAAAUGUGAGCACUCCUCCUACCAUCUCAGAGCUCUGCACACUGCUGGUGUUCCUGCUGGAUGUGAUCCCUUUGGAGCUCUACUCAGAAGUGCAGACCCAAUACCUGCCCCAGAUGCUCAGUUACAUGGUGCAGUCUCUGCUGGAAAACAUGGAAGUGUUGGGACUGCCAGAACUCACUCAUGCCUUAAAAACCUGUUUUAAGGUGCUCAGCAAAGUGCAAAUGCCCCCUUCCUACCUGGACAUGGAGACAGGGAGUGCCAAUGGGAGCCCAGUGCCAAAGGAAGAUGUGGACAUGACCCUGGAGACCAAAUCUGUGCUGCAGGAGGAGGAGGAGGCUCCAUUCCCUCCCCUCAAGUCAGAGGACAGUGGCAUUGGCCUGAGUGCCUCCUCCCCAGAGCUGUCCCAGCACCUGGGGGUGCCCACAGUGACCCUGGAGAGAGAUGAUGUCUGGAAAAAAGGAGGGAGCAUCCAAAAAACUCUGUAUUGCAUCCAGGAGCUGGUUGCCAAGUUUUCCAGCAAAUACAUUUUUGGGGUGCAGCUCCAAGAAAUGAAUCCUGAAGGAAUUGCAGCAAUAAAUCUGAGUGGGAAGGAGAAAAAGGAAAAUGGCUACAGGUUACCUGAGAGUGGCAACAAGAAAAAGAGUCCCUGGGAUGCCAAGCAAAUCACUGUGCCCCAGGUGAAGCAGAUGCUCUCAGAGCUGUUCUCAGCCCGGGGCUCCCCCUUCAGGAGCAAGAAUUGCCCUGCUCUCCUCUCUGAGCACAGCUCUGCCCACAAAAAGGACAAGGAGGAGGAGGAGUGGGACCUGGAGCUGGUGUUGGGACCCCUCAGAGGUGACUGCAAGGAAGCUUUUUCUGCAGCCUGUCACCUGCUGCUGGACUGCACCACAUUCCCAGUGUACCUGUCUGAGGAGGAGAUGGAGCAGUUGUACCUCUCUCUGUUUCAGGGGCCUGGAGGUGAUCCCAGCUUGCCCCUGUGGCUGAAGUCCCUGAUGACAAUCUGCUGCUGUGUCAAUGACUGCUAUGUGCAGAACGUGUCCAUCUUCACCCUGCUGGAGGUCAUCAACCACUCCCAGUCUCUGGCCCUGGUGAUUGAGGACAGGAUGAAGAGGUACAAAGUGUCUGGCCACAACCCUUUCCUUGGCAAGCUGCAGAUGGUCACCCUUCCUCCCAUUGCUCCUGCAGUCCUGAAGAUGAUCUCAGAGAAGACAGAUUUCUACCAGAGAGUUGCCUGUGUGCUCUGGAAUCAGCUGAACAAGGAGACUCGGGAGCACCACAUUGCCUGUGUGGAAUUGUUCUACAGACUUCACUGCCUGGCUCCCUCAGCAAAUAUCUGUGAGGACAUCAUCUGCCAGGCCCUUCUGGAUCGAGAUAAAGGGACAAGGCUGGAAGCUCUGUUCAGAUUCUCUGUCAUGUGGCACCUGACCAGGGAGAUCCAAGGCAGCAGAGUGAGUUCCCACAAUCGCUCCUUCGACAGGUCGCUGUUCGUGGUGCUGGACAGCCUGACGUGCUCGGACGGGGCCAUCGGGGCGGCGGCUCAGGGCUGGCUGAUCCGGGCGCUGUCCCUGAGCGACGUGGCGCGGAUCCUGGAGCCAGUGCUGCUGCUGCUGCUGCACCCCCGCACCCAGCGCACCUCCGUCACCUGCGUCAAGCACGGCAGCUCCCCAGACUAUGUUCGUGAGUGGCUUUGCAAGAAAAAAACUCUGAAGGAGUCUGGCAUGUCUGAGAGCAAUUCUGAGGAAAACCUUCCCCUGAGCCAGUUCACUACUGUGGACAGAGAAGCAAUUUGGGCAGAAGUGGAAAAGGAUCCAGAGAAAGCAGAGCCGAAAGCUGAGCGGGCUGAAAACGCCGGAUCCGAGCAGGACAGCAGCGAGCACACGGAGUCUGCAGACACCAGCACAGGCCACGACAGUGACAACACCUCCUCCUUCUCCCCUUCCCUGGAGCUGCAGGAGGUGAGCAGUGAGGACAGGGAGGAUGGCAGAGAGGCCCCAAGGAUUUCCCUCAGUGGCUCCCUGUCCGAGAGCUCCAGACCCAGCGCGGGGCCCAACCUCGUCAGGGCCGACUCUGAGAGAACCCAGGCAUCAGAGUCUCUGUCCAGUGAUGAGGAGGUGGACUUGGAGCUGCAGGAAAUCGCCCACUGCAGGCUGCUGAGGCAGCAGAAGGAGAAGCAGGAGCUGGCAGAGGCUCUGUUCAAGCACAUGCUGCUCUACCUGCAGCCCUACGACUCCCGCCGCGUGCUCUACGCCUUCUCCGUGCUGGAGGCCGUGCUCAAAACCAACCCCAAGGAAUUCAUCGAGGCUGUGGCCACCACCAGCAUGGACACCAGCUCCACAGCACACCUCAACCUCAUCUACAACCUCUUGGCUCGCCACCAGGAAGCUCUGGUGGGGCAGAGCUUUUAUGGGAAGCUGCAGCCUCAGUCGCCCACCGUGUGUCCUCACUCGGUGCUCAUCGAGCUGCUCACCUACCUGUGCCUGAGCUUCCUGCGCUCCUACUACCCCUGCUGCCUGCAGCUGAGCCACAGGGAGCUGCUGGCCAACAGGGAUGUGCAGGUCAAGAGUGUGGAGGUGCUGAUCAGGAUGAUGGCCCAGCUGGCCAGCACGGCCAAGGCGGCCGAGCCCGGGAGCGUGGAGUUCAUCCGGGAGCUGCUGGGCAGGUGCAAAGUGCAGGAGUUCGUGCUGCUCUCGCUCUCAGCCUCCAUGUACCUCAGCCACAAACGCUACCAGCUGCUCCUGGCUGAGGGGGCCGAGCUCAGUGCUGAGGAGGAGCUCCUGGAGGAGAGCCUGAUCAAUUUUGGCCACGAUCAGAUCUGGAGCGAGCACCCGCUGCAGAUCGAGCUGCUGAAGCUGCUGCAGGUGCUCAUUGUCUUGGAGCAUCACCUGGGCCAGAGCCCUGAGGAGCAGGAGAACCAGGCAGACCUUUCCAAGGAGUGGCAGCAGGCUCUGAACUUCCAGCAGGCCAUUGGGGCCAUGCAGUACGUGUACCCACACCCCAUCACCUCCCAGGGCCUCUUUGUCUCUGCUGUGGUCAGGGGGCUCCAGCCAGAGUAUGGCCAUGGCAUGCACCCCACCUGGGUGGGCUUGGUCACCAGCUCCCUGCCCUAUUUUGGCAAGUCCUUAGGCUGGACAGUGGCCCCAUUUGUGGUGCAGAUCUGUAAAAACCUGGAUGAGCUUGUCAAGCAGUAUGAAAAUGAAGCUGUGAAGACAUCUGCCAAAACAUCUGCCAGCUUCACUUCUAAAAGAGAAAAUGUGACUCCUGAUUACCCCCUCACUCUUCUGGAAGGGCUGACAACCAUUGGGCACUUCUGCCUUCUGGAUCAUCCCAGUCCAACAAAAAAGGUGUGUGGGAAUGCCCUGACAGCACAGUUACAUCCCUUUUCCUUCCAGUCAUCCUGUUCAGCUGAACCUGCCAACCUGAGGAAUGCCAGGAAUGCCAUCCUGGAGGAGCUGCCCCGAAUUAUGAACACCAUGAGCCUCCUCUGGAGUGUCAUAAAGAGGGAAGAUUCCCAAAAAAGACCAACUGAUUUCUUUGGGACAGCUAAAGGCUCCUCUUCUGUCUACUUUAAAGCAACCAAAACACUAAGAACAAAAAUAUUGGAUUUCCUGAAUCCCUUGACAGCACAUCUUGGAAUCCAGCUGAUGGCAGCAACUGCAGCAGUGUGGAACAGCAAGAGACCUCACAGGAGUCACAGUAAAACCAAGAUUCUCCCAGUGGCCAGUGCACCCCAGCUUAUUCUCGUGGACUUAAUUUGUGCCCUGAAUACAUUGAAAAUUGACACCAUAUUAUAUCUGGUCAAAGAGGUGGUCAAGAAACCAGCACAAAUCAAGGGGGAAGAGAAAUCCUCUCUCGUGGAUAUCCCAGUGCUGCAGUUCAGUUAUGCUUUCAUCCAGAGACUCCCUGUCCCAGCCCUGCAGGAGAACUUCCAGCCCUUAUUAGGGCUCCUCAGAGAGUCUGUGCAGCUGAACUUGGCUCCUCCUGGCCACUUCCUUCUCCUCAGCAUCCUGAAUGACUUUGUGACAAGGACACCCACCCUGGAAAACAAAAAGGACCAGAAAGACCUGCAGGAGGUGACCCAAAAGAUCCUGGAGGCUGUGGGGACCAUUGCAGGUUCUUCCCUGGAACAGACCAGUUGGCUGAGCAGGAAUUUGGAAGUGAAAGCUCAGCCUCAGAUUUUACCAGAUGAAUUCAACGUGGAGGAUGUGAAUGAUACAACAGUGGCACCAUCUUCAAUGGUUUCUGCCUCUGCUCCUUCAAUCUACAGUGUCCAAGCCCUUUCUCUCCUUGCAGAGGUGCUGGCCUCGCUGCUGGACGUGGUUUACCGCAGUGAUGAGAAGGAGAAGGCCGUGCCCCUCAUCUCCCGCCUGCUCUACUUCGUGUUCCCCUACCUGCGCAACCACAGUGCCUACAACAUUCCCAGUUUCCGUGCUGGUGCUCAGCUGCUCAGCUCCCUGAGUGGAUAUGCCUACACCAAGAGAGCCUGGAAAAAAGAAGUGCUGGAAUUGUACAUGGAUCCAUCUUUUUUCCAGAUGGACACUUCCUGCACUCACUGGAGAGCCAUCAUUGAUCAUCUCCUCACACAUGAGAAAACCAUGUUUAAGGAUUUGAUGACCAUGCAGAGCAGUGCCCUGAAGCUGUACCCCAGCUGGGAGCAGAAGGCAAUGCUGCUGAAGCGCCAGGCCUUCGCUGUCUUCAGCGGGGAGCUGGACCAGUACCACCUGUACCUGCCCCUGAUCCAAGAACGCCUGACUGAGAACCUCCGAGUGGGUCAGACUUCCCUGGUGGCUGCCCAGAUGUUUCUCUUCUUCAGAGUUCUUUUGUUGAGGAUUUCCCCUCAACAUCUCACCUCCUUGUGGCCAAUCAUGGUCACAGAACUGAUCCAGGCAUUUCUACAGCUGGAGGAAGAUUUAACUGAGGAAGAGGAACCUGCAAAGAGCAACAGCAAAAUCAGCAAAGGCAAAGGCUCAGGGGCUGAGAUCCAGCCCAAUGAGCUGUGCCUGUACCUGGCAGCCUGCAAAUUCCUGGACACAGCCCUUUCCUUCCCCCCUGACAGGAUGCAGCUCUUCCAAAUGUACAAAUGGGCCUUUGUGCCAGAGGUGGACACAGAAUCAUCUCCUGUCACCUCUCAGCUGGUGGAAAACCACCAGGAAUGCCAACCACACAUUGUGAGGAUCAUGGAUCUGCUCAGGAUCAAAUAUGGGGACCCAAAGCACCCUGAGGGAAUCCCCAGAAAUCCCAAAUUCCCCCUGCUGAGCCUGCACUCCGUGUCCAGCAUCACCCAGCUGAUUCCUUUCUUCCAGACUCUGUGCUGGGCAUUCACAGCCCAUGGCAGUGAUUCCCAAAAUUCCCACCCCUCUGCAGCCCCCUCCCUGCAUCCUCCUGGCAGCAACAGCAGCAGGAUCCUGCAGCAGCUGGAGGACAGUGUGCAGUGGGAUUUCCUGGAAAAUCUGGAAACCUGAGCCUCACCUGGGACACUCAUGCUGGAUCAACAGCAAACACAGGGAAAGCUUGGCUGAAAUUCCUUUUGGUUUUUUUUUUUUUUUCCCCUUCCACAUUUCCAGCUGCAUUUUUGGGAUUUCUCCCUGCUGUUGCAGAGUGCUCUUCAAUUAUUCAGGAGCUGGUGGUAAAAAAGCAGCAAUCUCCAGUUCCUGUGGUGGGGAAAAAAGGGAAGUUUGGUGGGAAUUUCUCAGAGCUCCUGUGUUUUAUUUGUUUUCCAUGAGGAUUAAAGACAUUUUGUAAAUAGGGGAAGAAUAUUUUGGACUUGGUGCAAGCAGCAGCUGCCCUGGGAUUUCUCCAGUACUUUCAAGUGCUUUUGGAACUGUCUCCUGAAGGAAAAUUGAAGGAAAAUCCAGUGUUGCAUGUCAGUGUACAAUCCGUUUGCAGUGAGUCAUUUCCUGAGGUGAAAGCCCCUAAAUUGAUCAAAUUCUGAACAAAUCCCCCAAAUUCCUCACAGAUGGAUUUUCUAAGUCUCAGCAUUGUGCAAAGAACUGCAGCUUUGCCCUGGCUGUAAUUUCAGCUCUGUGCUAGAACAGCAUCUUCAGGCUUAGCAAUUCCUAAUAAAUCAGAAAUAAAACACAGAGCUAUGCAGGAGCACUUUGAAAUUAGUAUUACUUGAGGGGGGGUUGAUUUUAAUUAAUAUUUUUUAAAUGAAAAGUUUUUGUUCUUUCAGUGACUCAGGUGGCUGCAGCUUCUGAAAUGCAACUGAAUGAAGAUAAUGCUGUAAAAAUAGAAACUGCUUAACUAAAAUGAUUUUUUUUUUUGUAAGAACAUUUUUUGUACAAAAGAAUGUAUUUGGGUGUCCUGGAUGGUGAGAGAGGUAGGGGGAUCAUCCCAGUGCUUUUCCUAAAUUACAAAGGACAUGGGAAAUGUUUGGUUGAGAGUCAGGGAUUUCUUAUUCCUAAAUUCCCACAACAAACAUGGGAGGCUUCUCUGCAUUGGGUUUUGGGUAGAGAUGGAUGAGAUUUUCAUCUUGGGUUUAUAAACUAAAAUAAUGAAACAUCCUUUACUCUCCUACUGGAAUACUGUACAAAAAAAUAAUACCACAAUAGGCUUGUGCUAAAUGUAUUUAAAUCCUUUGCAUUUUUACAGUGAAGGAAAGUGGUGGACUGAGGUGUGGUCAGUAAGAAUGUGAAUUAUUUCUAUUCAUGUAAUUUAUUAAUGGUCUCUAAUGCUGUUGGAAUGAGCACAAGUGAAAAGUGACCCUUUGAAAGCAUUACUUGAAUAUUGGAGCAGGCCACUUUUAAAAUGUUGGGAUUCAUUUCCUGCCUAUCUUCAAUAAUUUGUAUGGAUAAUCUGAAUACUCAGGAUGGUUUGGUACUUUCCCUUUCAGUUUCCUGCUGGUUGCAUUUCAUACUUGGAUAUUUCCCUUAAAAUGCUGAGAAAGAAGAGCAGGGUUAGAUGGGAUGUUGGGAAGGAAUUCCUGCCUGUGAGGGAUGGAAUUCCCAGAGCAGCUGUGGCUG